AUGCAGUUGUCUUCUUUAGAUCUAUCACAGAAUCCACUAAAGCUACAAAGUCCUAGUGGCCUCAAGGAUCUAGUGCAAAACAUGACAGGGCUCAACGAACUCCAUCUCUCCGGGGUUGACAUUAGUUCUUCUGUACCUCAUUUAUUGACAAACUUUUCUUCUUUAAGGUCAAUCAAGCUAAAAAACUGCUCGCUUAGGAAUAAAUUUCCUGAAGCAAUAUUUCAGCUACCAAAGUUGAAAAUUCUUGACGUGGAGUCCAAUCCUAACCUCUUUGGUUCCUUUCAUGAAUUUCAUAACAACAACUUACUUGAAUAUGUGAAUCUAGGUUUGACAGGCUUCUUUGGGAUUGUACCAAAUUCCAUAAGCAAACUAAAUCAUUUGAUAAUCUUGCGCCUUACCAAAUGCUCUUUCUCAGGGCGCAUUCCAGCUUCACUCUCUAACUUGACACAACUCACUUACUUAGGUUUAGGUAUGAAUAAGUUCACAGGUUUAGUUCCUUCAUUGAUAAGUCAUUCGAAACUCAAUAUUUUGGAACUUACAGGUAACAAAUUUGAGAAGGGAUACUUGCCUAGUUGGCUUGGCAAGCUGACUACACUUAAUGAACUUUAUAUAGCUGAUAUGAACAUAAACGGUGAAAUCCCACCCUUUCUUGCAAACCUAACCAAACUUAGUGUGCUCCAAAUGGGAAAAAAUGUUCUUACACGUCAUAUACCAUCCUCGUUAUUCAACAUCAGCCAACUAAGAAUGUUAAGCCUUCAAGAAAACCAAUUGCAAGGACCAAUUUCAAGCUCAUUUUCAAACUCCAAAAGUCUUCAACAUCUUCGCCUACAGUGGAACGAUUUCAGCGGUAAGGUAGACAUAGACAUAUUCCUACGACUUAACAAGCUCGAAACUCUCGCAUUGGGUUUUAACAUGAUAUCUUUAGUGGCUACCAAGAACUACUCGAAUAGCACCUUACCAGAAUUGAAAGACGUAGAACUUCAAUCAUGCAACUUGAAGGAAUUCCCUUCAUUUUUUAGAUUCCAACAAAAAUUGAGGAUUUUACUUCUUGGACACAACAAAAUUCAUGGCAUGGUACCUGUGUGGAUAUGGAACAACAGCCAAGAAACUUUACAACUGAUUAGCCUUUCGUAUAACUCCAUCACUGGCUUUCAUCAGCAUCCUCAUUUUCUCCCAUGGAAACGUUUACAAGGAUUUUACAUCUCGUAUAAUCAGGUACACGGGCAGCUACCACUUCCACCAUAA